GGCUGCUUUAGCAGCCAGUCAAGAUGGACACCGCUGAGGAAGCGGACAUCUGCAGGGUCUGUCGGUCGGAGGGGACCCAGGACAAGCCGCUCUACCACCCCUGUGUCUGCACAGGCAGCAUCAAGUUCAUCCAUCAGGAAUGCCUACUGCAGUGGUUGAAACACAGCAGAAAAGAAUACUGUGAAUUAUGCAAACAUAGAUUUGCAUUUACACCAAUCUACUCUCCAGACAUGCCAUCUCGCUUGCCUGUCCAGGAUAUCUUUGCGGGGCUGGUCACCAGUAUUGGAACAGCCAUUAGAUACUGGUUCCACUACACACUGGUGGCCUUUGCCUGGCUAGGCGUGGUGCCUCUCACAGCAUGUCGUAUCUACAAGUGUUUAUUUACCGGCUCUGUGAGCUCUCUCCUUACCCUGCCAUUAGAUAUGCUUUCAACACAAAACCUGCUUGCAGACUGUCUCCAGGGUUGUUUUGUGGUCACUUGCACGCUGUGCGCCUUCAUCAGCCUGGUGUGGCUCAGAGAGCAGAUUGUCCACGGUGGCGCCCCUCAGUGGUUAGAGCAGAAUCAACCCCCUUUGGUUCCCAACCAGCCCAACGGCCCUGCACCAGCUAAUGACGUUCCAGGUGGUAACGCCGCAGCCAACGGCCAGGCGGCUGCAGACGCCGCUGCAGCCCAGCAGCCUGCAGACCCCGCGGCAGACGGCCUGGCUCCUGCCCACCCACAUGAAGCUGGCGACCAGGGAGACGAGGCGGAACUUGAUGAUGAAGAAGAUGACGACGGGGAGGAAGACGAGGAGGAGGAGGAGGACGAGGAAGGCAGGGAAGAGGAUGCUGCUGAUGCCAAUAAUGGAGGACAAGAAGAUUUGAACUGGAACGCUCUGGAGUGGGACCGUGCAGCAGAGGAACUGACCUGGGAAAGGAUGCUGGGGCUGGAUGGCUCUCUAGUUUUCUUGGAACAUGUCUUCUGGGUGGUGUCUCUCAACACACUCUUCAUCCUCGUCUUUGCUUUCUGUCCGUAUCACAUCGGCCAUUUCUCAGUGGUUGGCCUGGGCUUUGAAGACCAUGUCAAAGCUUCACACUUUGACGGCCUCAUCACCACCAUCCUGGGCUACAUCCUCCUGGCCGGAGCGCUCAUGGUCUGCCACGCGCUGGCUUCACUAGUGAAGUUCCAGCGGUCCAGACGCCUCCUGGGCGUCUGCUACAUCGUUGUCAAGGUGUCCCUGCUGGUCGUCAUGGAGAUAGGCUUGUUUCCACUGAUUUGUGGUUGGUGGCUCGACAUUUGCUCGCUGGAGAUGUUUGAUGCCACCCUGAAGGACAGGGAGCAGAGCUUUGACUCCGCCCCUGGUACCACCAUGUUCCUCCACUGGCUGGUCGGCAUGGUCUACGUCUUCUACUUUGCCUCUUUCAUCCUUCUGCUCAGAGAGGUGCUCCGGCCAGGUGUGCUCUGGUUCCUGAGGAACCUGAACGAUCCAGACUUCAACCCAGUCCAAGAGAUGAUCCACCUGCCCAUCUACAGACACCUGCGGAGGUUUAUUCUCUCUGUGGUGGUGUUUGGUUCCAUCGUUUUGCUGAUGCUUUGGCUUCCUAUUAGAAUCAUUAAACUGCUCUUCCCAACCUUCCUUCCCUACAACGUCAUGCUCUACAGCGAUGCCCCAGUUAGCGAGCUGUCGUUGGAGCUGCUGUUGCUUCAAGUCGUGCUGCCGGCGUUGUUGGAGCAGGGUCACACUCGGCAGUGGCUCAAACGGCUCGUCCACGCCUGGACAUUCACAGCGGGAUACAUGCUUGACCUUCACUCUUACCUGCUCGGGGACCACGAAGACGAUGACAACCAACCAAACAACAAUCCUCCCGGUCGCCAUAACAACAACCGGAUCCCCGGGCUGGGGGAGGGGCUUCACGCCGCCCAUCAGGCUAUCCUGCAGCAGGGCGGUCCAGUGGGUUUCCAGCCGUACCACCGGCCUGUCAACUUUCCCCUCAAGAUCGUUCUGUUGGUUGUCUUCAUGUGUGUGACGCUGCUGCUGGCCAGUCUGAUCUGCCUCACGCUGCCGGUGUGCGUGGGUCGCUGGCUCAUGUCUUUCUGGAUGGGCAGCGCCAUGGUUCACGAGCUGUACACAGCGGCCAGCGGCCUAUACGUCUGCUGGCUGUCCAUCCGAGCCGCCACCGUGCUGCUGUCCUGGAUGCCACAGGGCCGGACUGUCAUCCUGCUCAAAGUCCACGAGUGGACGCUCAUGAUCCUGAAGACCAUCGUGGUGGCCGUCCUGUUAGCCGGGGUGAUACCUCUGCUGUUGGGUCUGCUGUUUGAGCUGAUCAUCGUCGCUCCUCUCAGAGUCCCACUGGACCAGACACCACUCUUCUAUCCCUGGCAGGACUGGGCGCUCGGCGUGCUCCAUGCUAAAAUCAUCGCCGCCAUCACGCUGAUGGGGCCUCAGUGGUGGCUCAAAACCGUCAUCGAGCAGGUGUAUGCCAACGGAAUCCGAAACAUCGACCUCUAUUUCAUCUUGCGAAGGCUGGCUGCUCCAGUCAUCUGCGUCCUGCUGCUGUCUCUCUGUGUGCCCUACACCAUCUCUAAAGGAAUUACACCUCUGCUUGGUGUGCAGCCAGAGAUGCAGACGCUGGUGGAGAGGAGGAUCUAUCCGUUCCUGCUGAUGGUGGUCAUACUGUUGGCCAUUCUGUCCUUCCAGAUACGACAGUUCAAGCGCUUAUACGAACACAUCAAAAAUGACAAAUACUUAGUUGGACAGAGACUUGUGAAUUACGAACGCAAGACGGGCAGGAGCAUGUCCACCUCCUCCUACAGCACCUCCUCGUAGACCUGACCCUUGAUGUGGGAUCGGUGGAGCUGACUCACUCUGCGCAGCACUGGGGAGCUAACACCGGCUCCUGUGGUGAAACCUUUUUGUUUCCUCUCUGCUCGGCUGUCAACUUCACACACAAUCUAUAAACAUUUGACUGCACGCUGGUUAUUCUUAUUCACCGACAUCUACUGCAAUCACAGGGUCGGAGACGAGGGCCUCGAGGAGUGAAAACAAAAGAGUCUCGACUCAAUUUCUGAACCAGGUUGUUAUCCAACCUGUAAAAACCUGCCAGUGUGACAGAACAACAACUCUUCUGGCUGGUCAUCCUGUCUAAUGUGUUUUUGUCUUCACCGCAGCUGACAUUUAAAUUGUAAAGGUUUGAGAUGAAGUCGGGUCGGUUGAGCAUAGCUUUUACCUCAGAUUGUGCUUGUGUUGAAUUGAAUAUUGUUUUGGUCACACUGAGCGUCUCUUACGGGACAUUUUCUGAACUGCAGGGGAGAUAUUUGAACUAUAAUGGGGACGCCUUUAGUGGUUCUGUUCCAACGGUAGAUUUGUCUCUAAAGGCACCCGUCAUCAGAUUGAGGUCGUCAGUGACGAGGAGGGACAUACAUGA